AUGACGAGGCGGUCUCGUGUCCUACACUUCACAGCUCACAGCUUCGAUGCUAUCCUUCUGGAAAUCUUGAUUACCCUCAUGGUCGGAGCCUGUAUUUGCAUCCCAUCGGACGAGCAGAGAAUGAACGACUUGAAAGGUGCCAUCAAUAAUCCCCGUGUCAAUUGGGCUGGCAUGACUCCAACACUUGCAAAACUGCUUUCUCCAGUCGAUGUCCCUCUUCUUGAGUCACUUACUGUAUGGGGUGAAGCUCCCGACUUGGAAAUCAUCAAUACUUGGGCCGACAAAGUUGUCCUUUUCAACGCCUGGGGUCCGGCAGAGUGUUCCGUCAUUUCUUCAUCAUUUAUGGGUCGUUUCGUUCUUCAGGACAACUACAAGCAACUUGCUCCAAUCGGAGCCAUCGGUGAGGUCAUCAUCCAGGGCCCAUCGGUAGCCAGAUGCUACUUGUACGAUGAGGCCAGAACAGCGGGUGCCUUUAUCGAACCCGCGUCCUGGACAAACAGCCCCCCAGAUGCGAAGUUACAUAGAGCGUACCGCACUGGAGAUCUAGUGCGGUAUGCAGAUGAUGGGUCGCUGGAGUUGGUUGGCAGACGAGAUACUCAAGUAAAGCUCCGCAGGCAGAGAAUAGAAAUGAGUGAAAUUGAGUACCACCUUAACCUUUACUCGCCUGGUGGCGCCAUUGCCGCCGUGGAAUCUGUCAGGUCUGCUAAUCGACCCUUACGGCAGAUCUUGACAGCUUUUUUCUGGCCGCUUACCCGUAUAUUCAAGAAGGGAUCUGGGACUUGGAAAAGGCACAAUUCAUUCAGUUUGAGACGCAUCUUCGAUUUGCAAAAGCAGCAUUAUCCGUCUAAUUCGUCAGCUAGUGAUUGA